UAUCAACAAUACAUUCAUCAGCUGCAGUGUUCUCUCAUUCAGCCCAGCCAACGUGCAGGACACCAGAGUGUUUGCAAACUGCAUUUUCAGAAAUGAUUCAGACCCUCGGGAAGUUAACCGCGUCACUGUCUACCAUGUGUUCAGAAACCAGACAAAUGGCAUCACCACCUUACCACCAUAUUCUCUGGACAGUAACAGCCUCUAUGUGAACGGUUACCAUGAACCCACAGCAUCAACCACAGCUGCAUCACCAAUACAAACCACAUCUCCAAGCCUGCAAAUAAAUCCUUUUGAUUUUAACGUGACCUUCAUUGCAACUAACUUGGUCUCAUCAGCAAAUUUUCUAGAUCCCAAUUCACGACUGUCCAAAUCUGCAGCAAUUAUUAUUGCUUCCCAGCUCAAUAACAUGUUUAGUAGAAGCAAUAUCAGCAAUACAUUCAUCAGCUGUAGUGUCCUCUCGUUCAGCCCAGCCAAUGUACAGGACACCAGAGUGUUUGCAAACUGCACUUUCAGAAAUGAUUCAGACCCUCGGGAAGUUAACCGUGUCACUGCCUACCAUGCAUUCAGAAGCCAGACAAAUGGCAUCACCACCUUACCACCAUAUUCUCUGGACAGUAACAGCCUCUAUGUGAACGAUUACCAUGAACCCACACCAUCAGCCACCUCAUCACCAAUACAAACCACAUCUCCAAGCUUGCAAACAAAUCCCUUUGAUUUUAACGUGACCUUCAUUGCAAAUAACCUGGCCUCAUCAGCAAAUUUUCUAGAUCCCAAUUCACAACUGUACAAAUCUGCAGCAAGUAUUAUUACUUCCCAGCUGAACAAUCUGUUUAGCAAAAGCAAUAUCAACAGAACAUUCAUCAGCUGUAGAAUUCUCUCAUUCAGCGCUGCAAAUAUACAGGACACGAGAGUGCAGGCAAACUGUACUUUUGGAAAUGAUUCUGACCCCCAGGAAAUUAACAGGGUUUCUGUGUACCAUGUGUUCAGAGAUGAGACAAGGGACAUCUCCUCCUUGGGAAUAUAUUCACUGGACAGGAACAGCCUCUACGUAAAUGAUUACCAUGAAUUGACGUUGACACCAACGGCGGCAGUGGCACCGACCCAGCCCACAAAUUCCUUUGAUUAUAAUGUGACCUUCACUAUAACUAACUUGGCUUCUACGGCAAAUUUACUAAAUCCCAAUUCACCACUACACAAGUCUGCAGCAAGUAUUAUUACUUUCCAGAUGAAUAAAUUGUUCAGCGAAAGCAAGAUUAAAAAUACAUUCUCUAACUGCAAACUGCUCUCUUUCCGCUCAGAAAAUGUACAGGACACCAGAGUGUUUGCAAACUGCUCUUUCAGAAGUGAUUCCAAUCCUCAAGAAGUUAACAGAGUCAAUGUGUACCAUGUGUUCAGAGACCAGACAAAGGGCCUCUCCUCCUUAGUAAUGUAUUCAUUGGACAACAGUAGCCUCUAUGUGAAUGAUUACCAUGAAUCUAUACUUGCAACCACUGAGGCACCAGUUCAAAGUCCAUUUGAUUUUAAUGUGACCUUCACUAUAACUAACUUGGCUUCAACAGCAAAUUUACUAAAUCCCAAUUCACCACUGCACAGAUCUGCAGCAAGUAUUAUUACUUUCCAGCUCAACAAACUGUUUACCAACAGCAACAUUCACAAGACAUUCUCCAGCUGCAAAGUUUUCUCAUUGAGCUCAGAAAAUGUACAGGACACCAGAGUGUUUGCAAACUGCUCUUUCAGAAAUGACUCAGACCCUCAGCAAGUUAACCGUGUCACUGUGUACCAUGUGUUCAGAGACAAGACAGAGGGCCUCUCCUCUUUAGCAAUGUAUUCACUGGACAACAGUAGCCUCUAUGUGAAUGGUUACCAUGAAGAAACACCUUCAGUCAUGCCACCAAUUGAAACCAGAAAUCCCUAUGAUUUUAACGUGACCUUCUUUAUAAACAACUUGGCUUCAUCCGCGACCUUACUAAAUCCCAAUUCAGCAUUGUACAAAUCUGCAGCGAGUAUUAUUUCUUCCCAGCUGAACAGGGUAUUUAGAAGCAGUAAGAUCAAAAGUGCAUUCACCAGCUGCAAAGUUCUCUCGAUCAGCAAAUCAAAUAUACAGGACAGCAGAAUUUUUGCAAACUGCACUUUCAGAAACAAUCCCGACCCUGACGAAGUUAACCGGGUCACUGUAUACCGUGAAUUCCAAGACAGGACUAAAGGCAUCACCGCUUUAGCAGCAUAUACACUGGGCAGUAACAGCCUCUACGUAAAUGAUUACAACGAAGCAGCUCUUUCAGUCACUGAAAGUCCCAUUGUGGCAGAGACGGUACCAGUGAAUCGAGAAUCAAUCCGCCCUAAUUAUAACAUUACCUUCAUUGUAACCAAUUUGAGAUUCACAGCUGAUCUACAAAAUCUCAACUCUCCUCAGUAUAAUACUGAAUCAAACAAAGCUAUCAGUCUGCUCAACAACGUGUACAAUAACAGCAAGAUAGCAAGAACAUUCUCAACCUGUGACAGCAUAUCCUUCACUCCUACAGUCUCGGAGCAUACUAAAAUUGAAGCAUUUUGUUCUUUUAAAAAUGACCUCACUGUUGCAAUCAUUGAUAAAAUUGAUGUCUACGAUGAGUUCAGGGAUAACACUGAGAAAAUCACCCAACUGGGUCAAUAUUCACUGAACGAAAAUAGCCUCUACGUAAAUGGCUAUCAAGAACCACAACAACCUGAAACACAAACAAAUGUACCAGCAUUUGAAGGCAGAGAAGGAGACUUGCCAUUUGAACUUAAUUUCACAAUAAUAAAUAGAAAUUUUACUGAAGAAUUUAAUGACCCAAAUUCCCCAGAAUACCGAAGCUUGGUUAACGAUAUUUCUGAAAUGCUCACAAGAUUAUACAGAAACAGUCAACUUAGAGAUAGCUACCGUGUCUGUAAAGUUACAGGACUCAGAUUGGGAUCCAUUAAAUGUACCUGCAUGUGUUACUUCAACCCGGCUGCUAGCAAUGAGUCAGUGAUAGCCGAAAAAGUCAAAGCAGAAUUUGACAGAGGAACGGGUGGAACAAACUUGCUUGGAAACAUCUACCAGUUGCGAAAGGACAGCUUGUCAGUGGAAGCUGGAGCCCCUGUCUCUUCAGGCACAGCAGAAAUACCAGACUGGGGAAUUGUACUCAUUGUGCUGGGAAUUCUGCUCUUCCUAUUUGUCAUUUUCCUCCUUUGCCUCUUGUUGGCAUUAUACGUGAAGAAGAGACAAGGAUCAUACAAUGCAAUGCAAAACCCAGCUGGAUUGUACUUCCCGCAUCAGAAAUUCCUAUAAGGAAUACAAGGAAUAUUACAGACAAUCAUGCAUAUCAUAGUGGAUCUGAAGUAGAAAAGCAUAUAUUAGUAACAUUAAAUUGUGAUAUUGAUCUAAAUUAAAACCUGAGUUGCCUUGAAACUGAAAUGAAUGCACUGUAGUCAAAAUAAUAUUUUCUGGAAUCUAUGCACUGGAAUAAUAUUUUCUGGAAUCUAUGUAAAGGAGUUUGGUUAGUAAAAUCAGAAUGCCUUGUGGGGAGAGGAGGGUCCAGAUGUGAUGGUGACAAGCAUGAUGGUAUUAGUGUGACAGUUUCCUGCCUGAUCUGGGCAUAGAUGAUUUGGAAAGGCAUCGACAUCAGAAGGGCAAGUUUCUAAAGGCUGAUAACAUUCCAGGAAAGGACACUUUUUGCCUUGAAGCUUUUUCUCUUUGGAACAAUUAAGCAUGGCCAUUAUCACUGUGACAAGCCUCUUGAGACUUGGUCGAAAGGGCAGCGGCUCUCAAACCAGGGUAUUACCCUUCUCAGUGACAAAAACAUUGAAUGUAAAGAGGGCCCAAAGCUGAGCAUAUGUGCAAUUUGCCAUAAUGAUAAUAAAUAUUGAUUUCUUAAAUUAUUUAAUUUCACAUUUUUUAAACUUAUAUUGCUAUUGUGAUGAUUAAACUACAAAACUUCUGUAACUAGUAUAUAUAUGUAACACAAUUUGUCUGAAAUUGUCAUAUCUUUUUGUAUUGCUGAUUAACUGCUUUUUUAAGCUACUUUAAUAACAGAAUAUCUGACUAAAUGUUUAUUGAAUUAAGGUUACUCAAUCCCCUUUCUUCAUGAGAACUCUUCAAAAACCAAAGAUUACAAACUUAAGAUGGCCAGAGGGAUAAUAUGCUCCUUUCUGUAUUUCAUACAAUAAAUAAAUUAAAUCCACUCAGUGACAAACAAUGACUAAAGUUAAACAACAUGUAGUAAUACAUUGGAAACAAGUGAAAGUUUGUGAGUUAUGUGUUUCUCAUAUGAAUUAUUGAAUUAAUCUUUCAUCAUCAGUCAGAUAUCUUGGGAUAGGAAUGUAUUCCAUUUAACUUAAAAUUAAAAUUAAUAGGUCUAAAACUCCAAAGUAGUGUGUACCAUGUAUUCAACACUUUAUCUCUGUAACCAGGGACAACUUCCUCCACGUAGUCAAAAAUCUGUAAUUAUCUACAUUCUGACAAAUCUUUUGAUGCACUUUGUAUAGAAACAUAAUAUAUUUUUAAAAGUAACUGUUUUGAAAUAAUUCAGAAAUGUAUACUUAUAGUAAUAUUAUU